AAAAGGCUUAAAUAUGUCUAGAAUGAAUUUUGUAACAACCACUCAAGUAUAUAAAAGCUGGUGGGACGGGCCGUCUAUACAUUCGUGUUCUCACCUUAGACUUUACAACAUGCAGUUGGUAUUCUUCACCGCACUCUUCGGCUUUGCCGCCGCUGGCUUCGCUGGCUCAUAUCCUGAGCAGUCCAACCGCCCUCAAGCCCAGUACGAGAGGAACGCCAGGAUCAUCGCCCUGGACUCCGACGUCAAAGAAGACUCCUUCAGAUACAACUACGAAACUGAGAACGGCAUCAAGGCUGAGGAACAAGGACAUGAAGCGGAUGGCAUCGAAGCGCAAGGAGGCUUCCAAUACACCGGCGAUGAUGGUCAGGUCUACGCUAUCAGCUAUGCAGCUGGUCAGGGUGGCUUCCAGCCCCAGGGCGCGCACAUCCCCACUCCCCCCCCUGUACCGGAGGAGAUCCUGAAGGCCUUGGAACAAAACGCAAGAGACGAAGCGGCCGGUAUCGUUGAUGAUGGUCAAUACAACCCUGGUAAAUAUGGCGACGCACCAGCUGCUGGCUUCCAACAGCAACAAUACUCUAGAGCCCAGGCCUCCGCUGGCUUCAACAAGCCAUACAGAUUCUAAGACCUUAGUACUUAAACCCAGUAUUAGUUACAUUUCGAAAUUGGAAUCAUGGAAACAAGAAUUCAAAACGUCGCGUCGCCUUUAAUACGCACACAAAGAUAGCGAUGAUGUGAUUGGAUGUUAUUACGAGUCAAUUCACAAAUAUUUCUUUUCUAGUUUUUCAUUGGCUAAUCGAUCUGUCAAAUGUCAUCAUUGUUAAGGUCAACAAAACCAUUUUCUUGUUUUCAAGAUUCUUUUAAUUAUGGUUGUCUAGUUAUUGUAUGAAAUUUUAGAAUCUAGUUAUGUGCAAUAUAUAAACUACAUAAUCAAAUAAUAUAUAUUUUUUAAAUAUGUGUAACUUUACGUUACAAAUUAUAAAGAUAUAGAAGAAUAAAUGUUAUGUGGGAAAAACUAGAAUCUAAAAUGUAGAAGACUGAAAUUCUUGGUUAAAUUUAUAUAAUACUCAUAAAUGCGUCAGGUUACGCAGUAACUUUGUUUAACGAGAGUUUCAUUAUUUUUUUCAAUAACUAGACAAAUAAAAUUAGUUUAUUUCGAAAUGUUUUAAAUGAACAAAAUGUGAUUUAUAUAAGUGUUAGUCUCUUAUCUAUAAAUAACUGAAAUUGUUAUAGUGUUAACCUGUGUGAUAUUCGUGUAUUCUUUUAUUUAUUUUGUGAAUAAAAGAUUAAAAUAUACUCCAAUUAUAUAA